CCUCCUCUUCCCUAGCAGCUGCUGCUCACUCAGCUCUCAAACCAGGACCAGGGGACCAGGCAGAGUGACUCUGAGAAGCUCCUGAGAAGUGGAUUCGCUCCGGGCCACCACGAUGCCGGGGGCCGCCGGGGUCCUCCUUUUCCUGCUGCUCACUGGGGGCCUCGGGGACAGCCAGGAGCAGCGAUUCCCACAGCGUCGACAGCCACAGGCGCAUCAGCAAAGAGGUUUAUUCCCUGCUGUCCUGAAUCUUGCUUCCAAUGCCCUCAUCACAACCAAUGCGACAUGUGGAGAAAGAGGACCUGAAAUGUAUUGCAAGUUGGUAGAGCAUGUCCCUGGGCAGCCUGUGCGGAACCCUCAGUGUCGAAUCUGCAAUCAAAACAGCAGUAAUCCAUACCAGAGACACCCUAUUACGAAUGCUAUUGAUGGAAAGAACACUUGGUGGCAGAGUCCCAGUAUUAAGAAUGGAAUCGAAUACCAUUAUGUGACAAUUACACUGGAUUUACAGCAGGUGUUCCAGAUUGCUUAUGUGAUUGUGAAAGCAGCUAACUCCCCUCGGCCUGGGAACUGGAUUUUGGAACGCUCACUUGAUGACAUCGAAUACAAGCCCUGGCAGUACCACGCUGUGACGGACACAGAGUGCCUGACCCUCUACAAUAUUUAUCCCCGCACUGGACCUCCAUCCUAUGCCAAAGACGACGAGGUCAUCUGCACUUCAUUUUAUUCCAAAAUACACCCUUUAGAAAAUGGAGAGAUUCACAUUUCUCUGAUCAAUGGAAGACCAAGUGCUGAUGAUCCUUCUCCUGAACUGCUAGAAUUCACCUCUGCUCGCUAUAUCCGCCUGAGAUUCCAAAGAAUCCGCACCUUGAAUGCCGACUUGAUGAUGUUUGCUCACAAAGACCCAAGAGAGAUUGACCCCAUUGUCACAAGAAGAUAUUACUACUCAGUCAAGGAUAUUUCGGUUGGAGGGAUGUGCAUCUGCUAUGGUCAUGCCAGGGCUUGUCCACUUGAUCCAGCGACAAAUAAAUCACGCUGUGAGUGUGAGCACAACACGUGUGGCGAGAGCUGCGAUCAGUGCUGUCCAGGAUUCCAUCAGAAACCUUGGAGAGCUGGGACCUUUCUGACGAAAACCGAGUGUGAAGCAUGCAAUUGCCAUGGAAAAGCUGAAGAGUGCUAUUAUGAUGAAAAUGUUGCCAGAAGAAAUCUGAGUUUAAAUAUACAUGGAAAGUACAUCGGAGGGGGAGUAUGCAUUAACUGCACACAAAACACUGCUGGUAUAAACUGUGAGACAUGUAUUGAUGGCUUCUUCAGACCCAAAGGGGUAUCACCAAAUUAUCCAAGACCAUGCCAGCCUUGUCAUUGUGAUCCCAUGGGUUCCCUGACUGAAGUCUGUGUCAAGGAUGAGAAAUACGCUCGCCGAGGUCUGGCACCUGGAUCCUGUCACUGCAAAACUGGCUUUGGAGGAGUGAGCUGUGAUCGGUGUGCCAGAGGCUACAUGGGUUACCCAGACUGCAAACCCUGUAACUGCAGUGGCUCAGGGAGCACAAAUGAGGAUCCUUGUUUUGGUCCCUGCAACUGCAAGGAGAAUGUUGAAGGAGGAGAUUGUAGUCGCUGCAAAUCUGGCUUCUUCAAUUUGCAAGAGGAUAACAGGAAAGGCUGUGAUGAGUGUUUCUGUUCAGGGGUUUCAAACAGAUGUCAGAGUUCCUACUGGACCUAUGGCAAUAUACAAGACAUGAGUGGCUGGUAUCUGACAGACAUCUCUGGCCGAAUUCAAGUGUCUCCCCAGCAGGACAACUUGGUGUCUCCUCAGCAGAUCAGCAUCAGUAAUGUGGAGGCCCGGAGAGUCCUGCCAGACAGCUACUACUGGAGUGCUCCAGCUCCAUAUUUGGGAAACAAACUCCCAGCCGUAGGAGGACAGUUGACAUUUACCAUCUCAUAUGACCUCGAGGAAGAGGAAGAAGAUACAGAGUAUGUUCUCCAGCUGAUGGUCCUCUUAGAGGGAAAUGGCUUGAGAAUCAGCACAGCCCAAGAAGAGGUGUAUCUUCAACCAUCUGAAGAACAUGUCAGCAUGUUAGCACUUAAAGAAGAGUCAUUUACCAUACAUGGCACAAAUUUUCCAGUCAGUAGAAAGGAUUUUAUGACAGUGCUUGUGAAUUUGAAGAGAGUCCUCAUACAAAUCACAUACAACUUUGGGAUGGAUGCCAUCUUCAGGUUGAGCUCUGUGAAGCUUGAAUCUGCUGUCCCAUAUCCUACUGAUGGAAGUGUUGCAGCUGCUGUGGAAAUCUGUCAGUGUCCACCAGGGUAUAGUGGCUCCUCUUGUGAAAAGAGACACCAUGCUAACGCUUCCUCUAAUCUCAUACCUGCCAAUAACAGUAAGUCUUGUUGGCCUAGGCACAGAAGAGUUAACGGCACCGUAUUUGGUGGCAUCUGUGAACCAUGUCGGUGCUUUGGUCAUGCAGAAUCCUGUGAUGACAUUACAGGAGAAUGCCUGAACUGUAUGGAUCAUACAGGUGGCCCCUACUGCAAUAUAUGUCUUCCUGGUUUCUAUGGUGAUCCUACUCAAGGAACUUCUGAAGAUUGCAAGCCCUGUGCUUGUCCACUCAAUAUUCCAUCCAAUAACUUUAGCCCGACGUGCCAUUUAGACCAGAGUCUUGGCCUGAUCUGUGAUGCAUGUCCUGUUGGAUACACAGGACCACGCUGUGAAAGGUGUGCAGAAGGCUAUUUUGGACAACCCUCUGUACCUGGAGGAUCAUGUCAACCAUGUCAAUGCAAUGACAACCUUGACUUCUCCAUCCCUGGCAGCUGUGACAGCUUGUCUGGCUCCUGUCUGAUAUGUAAGCCAGGUACAACAGGCCGGUACUGUGAGCUCUGUGCUGAUGGAUAUUUUGGAGACGCAGUUGAUGCAAAGAACUGUCAGCCCUGUCGUUGUAAUGUCAAUGGCUCCUUCUCAGAGAUUUGCCACCCUCGAACAGGACAGUGUGAUUGCAGACCCAAUGUGCAGGGACACCGGUGUGAUGAAUGUAAGCCCAGUAUGUGGUGGGAUCCAGAGAAGCAAGUCUGUGUGCCCUGUGACUGCAAUCCCAUGGGCUCUGUGUCACCCCAAUGUGAUACAACAGGAAGAUGUAUCUGUAAAUCAGGCUUUAUAGGGAAACAGUGCAACCUCGGCAGGCAGGUGCAUCGUCAGGAGGAGCAGCCACGGAGAGCGCAACACGUGCUGGGGUCUCCCAGGAGGUGGGGGUCCGGCAGUUCCAGCGGGUGUCCUCGGGGAGCCUAUCGGGCCCCAGCUCGGCCUGAAACAUUUGGCCUACAAUCAGCCAAGGGGUGUGUUCCCUGCAACUGCAAUUCUUUUGGGUCUAAAUCAUUUGACUGUGAAGAGAAUGGACAGUGUUGGUGCCAGCCUGGUGUUGCAGGGAAGAAAUGUGACCGUUGUGCCCGGGGCUAUUUCAACUUCCAAGAAGGAGGCUGCACAGCUUGUGACUGUUCCCACCUGAGUAAUAACUGUGACCCAAAAACUGGUCAAUGCAUUUGCCCUCCAAACACCAUUGGAGAAAAAUGUUCUAAAUGUGCACCAAAUACGUGGGGCCACAGUAUUGUCACUGGUUGUCAGGCUUGUAAUUGCAGCAUGGUGGGCUCCUUGGAUUUCCAGUGCAAUGUGAACACAGGCCAGUGCAAGUGUCACCCAAAAUUCUCUGGUGCAAAAUGUUCAGAGUGUAAUCGAGGUCACUGGAACUACCCUCACUGCAAUCUCUGUGACUGCUUCCUGCCAGGGACAGAUGCCUCCACCUGUGACUCAGAGACUGGAAAAUGCUCUUGUAGUGAUCAAACUGGGCAGUGCACUUGUAAGGUGAAUGUGGAAGGCAUCCACUGUGACAGGUGUCGGCCAGGGAAAUUUGGACUUGAUGCCAAGAACCCACUUGGCUGCAGCAGCUGCUAUUGCUUCGGUGUUACUACUGGGUGCUCUGAAGCAAAAGGACUGAUCCGAACGUGGGUAACUCUGAAGGCUGAGCAGACCAUUCUGCCUCUAGUGGACGAGGCUCUGCAGCACACAACUACCAAAGGCAUUGCUUUUCAACAUCCUGAGAUUGUAGCAGACAUGGAUCUGGUGAGACAAGACCUCCACUUGGAACCUUUUUAUUGGAAACUCCCAGAACAAUUUGAAGGAAAGAAGUUGAUGGCCUACGGAGGCAAACUCAAGUACACAAUCUAUUUUGAGGCUCGGGAAGAAACAGGCUUCUCUACUUAUAAACCUCAAGUUAUCAUUCGAGGUGGGACUCCUACUCAUGCUAGAAUUAUCAUCAGGCAUGUGGCUGCACCGCUCAUUGGUCAACUGACAAGGCAUGAAAUUGAAAUGACAGAGAAAGAAUGGAGAUAUUAUGGUGAUGAUCCUCGAGUCACUAGAUCUGUAACCCGAGAAGACUUCUUGGAUACACUAUAUGACAUUCAUUAUAUUCUUAUCAAGGCUACUUAUGGAAACAUCAUGCGACAAAGCAGAAUUUCUGAAAUUGCCAUGGAGGUAGCUGAACCAGGGCGUAUAACUACAGAGAGUCCUCCAGCUCACUUGAUAGAAAAAUGUGAUUGUCCUGUGGGCUAUUCUGGAUUGUCCUGUGAGACAUGUAUGCCAGGAUUUUAUCGACUUCGUUCUGAACCACGUGGCCGCAUCCCUGGUCCCACCCUGGGAACCUGUGUUCCAUGUCAGUGCAAUGGACACAGUAGCCUGUGUGAUCCUGAAACAUCCAUAUGCCAGAAUUGUCAGCAUCACACUACUGGUGAUUUCUGUGAACGGUGUGCUCUUGGAUACUAUGGCAUUGUCAAGGGAUUGCCAAAUGACUGUCAGCAAUGUGCUUGCCCUCUGAUUUCUCCCAGCAACAAUUUCAGCCCUUCUUGCGUCAUCCAAGGCAUUGAUGAUUACCGCUGCACAGCUUGUCCACGGGGAUAUGAAGGCCAAUACUGUGAAAGGUGUGCCCCUGGCUACACUGGCAGUCCAAGCAGCCCUGGAGGCUCCUGCCAAGAAUGUGAGUGUGACCCCUAUGGCUCACUGCCUGUCCCCUGUGACCCAGUCACAGGACUCUGCACAUGCCGCCCUGGAGCCACAGGAAGGAAGUGUGACGGCUGCAAGCACUGGCAUGCACGCGAGGGCUCAGAGUGUGUUUUUUGUGGAGAUGAAUGCACAGGCCUGCUUCUUGAUGACCUGGCUCGCCUGGAGCAAAUGGCCAUGAGCAUCAACCUCACGGGCCCACUGCCUGCUCCGUAUAAAAUUCUCUAUGGCAUUGAAAAUACAACUCAGGAAUUAAAGCACCUGCUCUCACCCCAGCGGGCCCCUGAGAGGCUUAUUCAGUUGGCAGAAGACAAUCUGAAUACACUUGUGAUGGAAAUGAAUGAGCUUCUGACCAGGGCUACCAAAGUGACAGCAGAUGGUGAGCAAACGGGACAGGAUGCUGAGAGGACCAACACAAGAGCAAAGUCCCUUGGAGAAUUUGUUGAAAAGCUUGCCCACGAUGCAGAAGCUGUAAAUGAAAAAGCCAUAAAACUAAAUGAAACUCUAGGAACUCAAGACAAGGCCCCUGAGAGAAAUUUACAAGAGCUUCAGAAAGAGAUAGAUCAGAUGAUGAAAGAGCUGAGGAGGAAAAAUCUGGAUAAACAAAAGGAAGUUGCAGAAGAUGAGUUGGUAGCUGCAGAAGGCCUUUUGAAGAAAGUAAACAAGCUAUUUGGAGAGUCCAGAGGCAAAAAUGAACAAUUGGAGAAGGAUCUCAGGGAGAAACUGGCUGACCACAAGAACAAAGUUGAUGAUGCUUGGGACCUGCUGAGAGAAGCCACAAAUAAAACCAGAGAAGUGAAUCGCUUAUCUGCUGCCAACCAAAAAAUCAUGACUGCUUUAGAGGAAAAGAAGGAGGCUGUUCAAAGUGGCAAACGACAAAUUGAGAACACUUUAAAAGAAGGCAAUGACAUACUUGAUGAAGCCAAACGACUUGCAGAUGAAAUCGGCUCAGUCAUAGAAUAUGUUGAAGACAUUCAGACUAAAUUGCCACCAAUGUCUGAGGAACUUAAAGAUAAAAUAGAUGACCUCUCCCAAGAAAUAAAGGACAGGAAGCUUGCUGAGAAGGUGUCCCAGGCUGAGAGCCACGCGGCUCAAUUGAAUGACUCAUCUGCUGUACUUGAUGGAAUCCUUGAUGAGGCUAAAAACAUCUCCUUCAAUGCCACUGCAGCCUUCAAUGCUUACAGCAAUAUUAAAGACUAUAUUGAUGAAGCUGAGAAAGUUGCCAAAGAAGCCAAAGGUCUUGCACAAGAAGCUACAAGACUGGCAUCAGGUCCUCAAGGUUCAUUGAAGGAAGAUGCCAAAGUCUCUCUUCAAAAAAGCUUCAGGAUUCUUAAUGAAGCCAAGAAAUUAGCAAAUGAUGUAAAAGAAAAUAAUGACCAUCUAAAUGAUUUGACAACCAGGUUAGAGAAUGCUGAAGACAGAAAUGGUGAUCUCCUGAGAGCUUUAAAUGACACUUUGGAAAAGUUAUCAGCCAUUCCAAAUGACACAGCCGCUAAACUGCAAGCUGUUAAGGACAAAGCCAGACAAGCCAACGACACCGCCAAAGAUGUACUGGCUCAGAUUAAAGAGCUCCACCAGAACCUGGAUGGCCUGAAGCAAAAUUACAAUAAACUAGCAGAUAGCGUGGCCAAAACGAAUGCGGUGAUAAAAGAUCCUUCCAAGAACAUUGCAGAUGCAGAUGCCACUGUGAAAAAUCUAGAACAAGAAGCUGAUCGGCUGAUAGAUAAACUGAAACCCAUCAAGGAACUUGAGGAUAACCUGAAGAAAAACAUCUCUGAGAUCAAGGAACUGAUAAAUCAAGCCCGGAAACAAGCCAAUUCUAUCAAAGUAUCUGUGUCUUCCGGAGGUGACUGCAUUCGAACAUACAAGCCGGAAAUCAAGAAAGGAAGCUACAAUAAUAUUAUUGUCAACGUCAAGACAGCCGUUGCUGACAACCUCCUUUUUUAUCUUGGAAGUGCCAAAUUUAUUGACUUUCUGGCUAUAGAAAUGCGUAAAGGCAAAGUAAGUUUCCUCUGGGAUGUUGGAUCUGGAGUUGGGCGUGUGGAAUAUCCAGAUUUGACUAUUGAUGACUCAUAUUGGUACCGUAUUGAAGCAUCAAGAACGGGAAGAAAUGGAUCUAUUUCUGUGAGAGCCCUGGAUGGACCCAAAGCCAGCAUUGUGCCCAGCACCUACCACUCAGUAUCCCCUCCAGGAUACACCAUUCUAGAUGUGGAUGCAAAUGCAAUGCUGUUUGUUGGUGGCUUGACUGGGAAAUUAAAGAAGGCCGAUGCUGUGCGUGUGAUUACAUUCACUGGCUGUAUGGGAGAAACACACUUUGAUGGUAAACCUAUAGGUUUGUGGAAUUUCCGAGAAAAAGAAGGUGACUGCAAAGGCUGUACUGUCAGUCCUCAGGUGGAAGACAGUGAAGGGACUAUUCAGUUUGAUGGAGAAGGUUAUGCAUUGGUCAGCCGCCCCAUUCGUUGGUACCCCAACAUCUCCACUGUCAUGUUCAAGUUCCGGACAUUUUCAUCAAGUGCUCUCCUCAUGUACCUUGCCACAAGAGACCUGAAAGAUUUCAUGAGUGUAGAGCUCAGUGAUGGCCACAUAAAAGUCAGCUAUGAUCUGGGGUCAGGAAUGGCUUCCAUUGUCAGCAAUCAAAACCAUAAUGAUGGGAGAUGGAAAUCAUUCACCCUGUCAAGAAUUCAAAAACAAGCCAACAUAUCCAUUGUAGAUAUAGAUACUAACCAGGAGGAGAACAUAGCAACUUCAUCUUCUGGAAACAACUUUGGUCUUGAUUUGAAAGCAGAUGACAAAAUAUAUUUUGGUGGCCUGCCAACCCUGAGAAACUUGAGUAUGAAAGCAAGGUAAAAUUUAAAUUUAUGCAUGCCUCCUUCAAAUGCAUGGGUUGGCUAAAUAUGGCUUCUUAGAUAAAGCAGCAGUGCAGAAGCAGAGCCACACCUGCGCAGCUUUAUUCAUAGUACAUUUCAUGAGCAAAUAAUGCAUUCUGAGAGAGUUCUCAUGCUGCCCUUCGCUUACAAAGAUGCUGCUGCUUCCCCACCAUCAGUUGAACUGCAAUUUGAGAUAUUUCACCAGCGACGACAGAUUUGCUCUGCUUACUUGUUCAACCAACUGUGCAGUGCUCCACUCCUGACCAGUAGCACAUGCUCCAAGUACCACUGCUCAAGUGUAUGGGCACAAUCUAGUUCCAGGGGGACAGAGCAAAGAGGUCUCUUGAUUCUCCAGACUCUGGCUUCCCUGGUGCCAGGCUGUCUACUGAACAGUCUAACAGUGCUCCCAAAUGCUUAUCACUGCCUGGUUGCUUUUUGCAGGCCUGCAAUUAUACAAAUAUCCACGGGGCCUUUGCACCUCUUAGCAAAGCUGCUUACGUAGUUGCUGUGUUUUUUUAGAAUUAGCUAUGGAGCCAAGUGAAAGGAAUCUCUGGAAAUACUGUUUAAAACAACUGUUUGAAUUAACAGUGAAGAAGUUUUCGAAUGGUCCCCCUAUCUUCUCAGGUGCAUUAAUUCUUACUUACAGACAGGCAUUAGCAGGAAUUAGCAGCCUUUGUAGAUGAGUCAUCAACCCCAGAGAUGUGCAGGGUUGGCACACUCUGGCUAGAGCUGAUGUGUGGUAUUUUAGCAUUGAAGAGCCUAACUAUGCCAAAUUUCUGGAUAGGAGAUAAUGAAGUCUAACGGAUCCAAGAAAUUUUUAAAGCAAAGCCAGACUUAAUAUCAGAAAGUGGGGGGAAAAAAUGAAACAGUUGUUUUAUCUUGAUACUGUUAUGAGACUAGUCAUGCUAUAUGUUUGUUGAGAUGGAUAAAAGGCAAAGUCUGGCUUCCAAUUGAAAUAUAUGUUAAUAAAACUCUGGAAUGGUACUGUGCAGCUUUGAAAUUUGCCCUUGAGUGAUGACCCUCAGGAAACAGAGACCUAUGGUUACCAUUAAGAAUCUGAUCUCCAUGUGUCAUUACUUACCCCUCAUGAUUUUCAGAACAUUCAGCUUGCAAAGUCAUUGUAUUUGGAAAUGGUACUUUAUAUUUCCAUGAAACAAUGAACUUGUAGGACAAAUGUACUUUAUUGACAAGACUUCUGAGAAAACUGUGAUAAAUCUUUCUUCCCCUAAAGGAAAAUUUGGAAGCAAAUGAACACUGCAAAUGAAAUUCACUUAUCCCCUCUGCUUUUUACAAGAAGAAUCUUAGCUCAAUACUUACCUUCCAGUUAGGCAUGUUCUUCAGAACUACUAACUGAAAGAACAGGAGGAGGAGACCUUGAGAACCAAAGGAAAUGAUCAAAGGAAAAGUUCUAGAGCGAGAGAGGGCUGGGGGUGGGGGACUGAAUAAAUACCUGACAUGAAAUAAAUCACCUAAUACACACUGCCAGGUUCUAAUUUGCUUUCCCACCUGUUUUUCCUCAUGCCGUGUGUUUUUUAUUAAGAUGAAAAAGAAAAACUUGGCAUCAGGGGACUGUAAGGAGAGAAUUAAUCAUUACCCUAUCAAGCACAAUAUUGGUGUGGACUGGACACUUUUCAAGAUAUUAACACUACAUAAGGAAAAAUCGCAUGUUUACCUCUAUGUACCUUCACUGUUCAGCAUAAUUGUCACUAGCCCUAUUGGCUAUUUAACUUUCAGUUAAAAACAAAUAACAAUCAAUAUGCAGUUCCUAUUGGCACAAGCUACCUUGCAAGUCCCAGUAGCCACAAGUGGCUAGUAACACUUGACUUAGUGCAGAACAGAAUGUGUUCAUCAUCACAGAAAUUUCUGUUGGACAGCACUGUUUUAGACUCAGGAGGGGUCAGUACCUUGGACAUACUGCUAGUUUAUGUUUAUUGAGCACUUACAUGUGCUGUGCUCUUUUUUUGACCUAUCCAAAUUUCACAACAUGAUAAAUGCAGGUACUACCAUUAUUAUUAUCAUGCCCACUUCAUAUCUAAGUGCACUGAGUCCAGGAGAAGUCAGAUCACUUAUAUAAUGUCACAUAGUAACUCAGAGCAACAUGCUGUUCUCAAAGGCAAAGGGUUCAUUUUCCAAUCUUCUGGCAGGUUGGCUUUGUUUGAAAGAGCAGUAAGCAGAAAGUAAACAUUCAAGUUUAGUGUGAGUAUAGAAGCCACUUCCCAACCUAUAGGAAAAAAUAAUGUAUUUUUUUUUACAUUUAGUUGCUUUGUUUCAUUAUUGCUCCAAUACAGAAUAUAAACUUUGGGGUCGAUUUGUAAACUUAAUUUUUAAAUAUAUGUUUUUUAGGCUACAUAACCCAGAAGAAUGUUUCUAGGCUUUGCUUUACUUAAAAGCUUUUUUUAAAAAAAUGUACAUUAUUCUUUAACUGCCUUCUCCAAAAUCUCACU